CUCAGAAACUGUGAACGCAUUCUUUCCAUUGUUUACCAGUUCCACCGGUCAUCGCAAAUUACAUUCAACGAAAAUAAUCCGGAUUAGGCGUUCAGACUACUGCUGCACCGAGCAGACAUUGUUUUGUUCCUUCUGUUUGAGGUAUAUUUUUAUAAUAAUAUAACAAUCGCUUUGUUUUUUCUUGCCAAAACAAUGAACAAGGCUUCGCGCGCUCGUCCAUCGGCCAAGCCGUCCAAUUCGGCCUUGGCAAAUCGUUUGGUAGAAGCAGCCCGGUACAAUCCGGAUUGCAUUUGCCAGCGACCGCAGACCAAGGUCGUUUGCUCUCUGUGCAAUUUUGCUUCGUACGGUCGAGUUCUUCGGUCCUGUAAGGCCCAUCCUAAUGUUUACUUCUUGAUGGAUUUCUCAAACUGUCCGAAAUGUAAGCAGAGCUACCGUUAUCUGAAGGAAGUUCCGGACGAUGACCGUCGUCUGAUCUGAACAACCAUUGCAUCAAAAGAACAUGAAAUUUGAAAGAAGUUUUUCGGUCAGCUCAUACAUACACUUGAAGUAUGUAAUUAAAUCGUAAUCAUUGAUCAA